UUAACAGCUGUUCUUUGUUAUUGUCAGCUUGUGUAAUUUAUAAAGUUUUGAUUGUGUAUAAAAAUUGUUAAAUUUAGUGUACAAAAUGCGGAGUGUGAUAAAUGGGCUUAAGAGUGCUGUAAGGGCAACCAAUUAUUCACCACUUGGCAGAAAUACUGUGCCAUUAGAACGUUUUCGAUUGCCUGAAGUUCGACAAUUUGCAGCCGAAUCCUCGCCGGCUUGUUGGAAUUGCCAAAAGCAAUCGAAAUUAAAGCAGAAUAUGAUAUGUUCGGAUUGUGGACAUUUGCAGGAUGUCGAUGCGGGAAUAAACUACUUCGACUUGUUGAGCUUUCCCACGCAGUUUUCUUUGGAGUCCCAAAAGUUAACAAAGAAUUUCCGCCAGUUGCAGACCAUAGUGCAUCCUGAUAAAUAUAGUAACAAAACUGAACGUGAGCAAACCAACUCCGCGGAUUGGAGUUCCUUGAUUAACAAGGCUUAUAAGACCCUUGCCACGCCCAUAGAACGUGGGCAGUACCUUUUACAAUUGGAGGGUGAGGAGAUGCCCCAGGAUAAUAGCGCCUUAAAUAAGGAAUUCCUAAUGGCCAUGAUGGAACGGAAUGAGGAGGUGGAGGAUGCGGAGGACACUCAAACUUUGGAGGAGUUAAAUGCCCAACUUAUUAAGGAUUUGGAUAAGAUGUCCCAGAAACUAAACACCCUCUUUGCAGCCAAAGAUAUUCAGGGAGUCAAGGGAACUCUGGUGGAGAUGAAGUACCUACUGAGUAUUCAGAACAGCAUCAAACAGAAGCAGCAAAGUUUGUUGGGCAGCUGAAAAAUCAAUAAUCGAUCGACAAUCGGUUCUGAUCACGCACACACACAAGUUCACCUGUUGCUAUCAGCUAUUAAGUAAACAAUAACACUGAGUUCGGUUGUUUUAUAAUGUGAAUAAAAAUCGCAAUGGAACGGUUA